ACCUCCGGGUUUCUUCUUUCAUUGUCUCCCGCUACACUUUAGGCUGUCUCUCUAUUUUUAUCUCUUCACCAGUCACGUCACGUCACAUUCCUUCAUCUCUUUGCAAUUGAAUAAUGUAAUGAUUAUCAUAAACUAAAAUGUACCACACAAUCACUUGUCUAUAAUUUAACUCCAUUAAAACACAGCUUUGGCAGCCAUUUAGUAACAGUAGUAGUUGUAGUCUCUCCCUCUUUUCUCCUACCUCCUACAUACAUAAUUAUGCAGCUUGCCUAUCAUAGAAUCUGGAUGAAUUUGCUAUGCUUUGCAUUAACAUUAAUCUUAUUACAUGGAGCAUCAAGAGAAAGAGCUUCCGGACAUGAUGAUGUCGUCAAAAUCGGUGCCAUAUUCACAUUAAAAUCUAUAAAUGGACAAGUUUCCAAAAUUGCCAUCCAAGCUGCUGAGAAAGAUGUGAAUUCCGAUCCUCGCAUCCUGGGGGGACGUAAACUGUCCAUAACUAUCCAUGAUUCCAACUUCAAUGGUUUUCUUAGCAUUAUGGGGGCCCUGAAGUUCUUGAUGAGGGACACAGUAGCUAUAAUUGGUCCACAAACUUCAGUAAUGGCCCAUGUUCUUUCGCAUCUUGUAAAUGAGCUCCAUGUUCCCCUACUGUCCUUCACGGCUUUGGAUCCCACCCUAACACCUCUCCAGUAUCCUUAUUUUGUCCAAACAGCCCCCAGCGAUCAGUUCCAGAUGACUGCAGUAGCGGACAUGAUUAGUUAUUAUGGUUGGAGAGAAGUCAUAGCAGUAUUCAGUGAUGAUGAUCAGAGUCGAAACGGCAUAACUGUAUUGGGGGAUAAGCUUGCGGCCAAACGAUGUAAGUUAUCUUACAAAGCAGCACUGCCCCCUGAUCCAACCGCCACUCCGAGAGAUGUUACUAGUCAGUUAGUGAAUAUUAUGAGUAUGGAAGCUCGAGUAAUCGUUUUACACACCUACGCAAAUACAGGUCUCUUAGUUUUUGACGUGGCUAAAAAACUAGGAAUGAUGAGCAAAGGGUAUGUCUGGAUAGCUACUGCUUGGUUAUCAACUGUUUUAGAUUCCACUUCUGUUUCACUACCUUCAAAUACUUCUAACUCAAUUCAAGGAGUUCUUACUCUUCGCCCUCACACCCCUCAAUCUAGAAAAAAAGAGGCAUUUAUCUCAAGGUGGAAACACAUAAGUAAUGGCACAAUUGGGUUAAAUCCAUACGGACUCUAUGCAUAUGAUUCUGUUUGGAUGAUUGCUCAGGCACUAAGAUUAUUUUAUGAUCAGAAUGGUACCAUUUCAUUCUCUAAUAACACAAAUUUAAGUGGUACGAGGGAAGAGACUCUGGAUCUUGGUGCUUUGAGCGUUUUUGAUGGAGGAAAACAGUUACUUGAUAACAUAUUGCGCAUUAAUAUGACUGGAUUGACUGGACCUAUUCAAUUUGGUUCAGAUAGAUCUCCUCCACAUCCAUCAUAUGACAUCCUUAAUGUAAUUACUUCAGGUUAUAGGAGAAUCGGUUACUGGUCUAAUUACUCUGGCCUCUCUGUAAUAAACCCUGAGAAACUUCUCGCAAAGCCUGCCAAUCGUUCAAUUUCAAGUCAGCAUCUAAACCAUGUGAUAUGGCCCGGAAAUACAAUAGAAAAGCCUCGUGGAUGGGUUUUCCCAAAUAAUGGGAGGCAACUGAGAAUUGGAGUCCCCAAGAGAGUUAGUUAUCGAGACAUGGUCUCACAAAUAAAUGGCACCAAUGCAGUUCAAGGAUAUUGCAUAGAUAUAUUCCUAGCCGCCAUAAAAUUACUUCCAUAUGCAGUUCAAUAUAAGUUCAUUCUGUUUGGAAAUGGACUCCAGAACCCAAGCUACUAUGAUCUUGUCAACAUGGUUGCUUCUGAUGUUUUUGAUGCUGCCAUAGGUGACAUUGCUAUUGUCACUGACCGAACAAGGAUUGUGGAUUUUACUCAGCCAUAUAUAGAGUCCGGGCUAGUUGUGGUUGCUCCAGUAAAAAAAUUGAAGUCAAGUGCUUGGGCUUUCUUGCGACCAUUUACCCCAAUGAUGUGGGGUGUCACUGCAUUUUUUUUCCUUCUUGUUGGAGCAGUGGUGUGGAUUCUUGAACACAGAACAAAUGAUGAGUUUCGGGGGCCGCCAAAGGAACAGAUUGUUACAGUUCUUUGCUUCAUCUUUGUAUGCUGUUGCAGGUUUAGUUUCUCAACUAUGUUCUUUGCGCACAGAGAAAACACAGUUAGUCCACUUGGUCGAGUUGUAUUGAUAAUCUGGCUUUUUGUGGUUCUGAUAAUCAACUCAAGCUACACUGCAAGUUUGACAUCAAUUCUCACUGUGCAGCAGCUGUCUUCACCCAUAACAGGAAUUAAUAGCUUGAUAUCUAGCAGCGAACGUAUAGGGUAUCAAGUUGGCUCAUUUGCUGCAAACUAUCUGACUGAGGAACUCAACAUCCCCAAACAUAGACUCUAUUCUCUUGGCUCACCAGAAGAAUAUGCUGAUGCCCUUGAAAAGGGAACUGUUGCAGCUGUGGUGGAUGAACGACCCUAUGUAGAACUCUUCCUUUCAAACCAUUGCAAAUUCUCAAUUAGGGGCCAAGAUUUCACCAAAAGUGGAUGGGGAUUUGCAUUCCCGAGGGACUCUCCUCUUGCAAUUGAUAUGUCAACUGCCAUUCUAACUCUAUCUGAGAAUGGAGAACUUCAGAGGAUCCAUGAAAAAUGGCUUUCAAAAAGAACUUGUGGUUUUCACAGUAGUGAGAAUGAACAGCUUCAAUUUAAUAGCUUCAGGGGUCUGUUUCUAAUAUGCGGGAUAACAUGUGUCCUGGCGCUUCUUAUAUACUUUUUCACAAUGUUACGCCAAUUCAGUAAAAAAUCUCCUCAAAAAGCUGGUCCUUCUAAUCGCUGCACUUCACGUUCUGCACGCAUCCAGACAUUUCUACAUUUUGUUGAUGAAAAAGAAGAGAAGAAGUUGAAAAGAAAACUUGAAGAUAUUUCCUCAAAUAAUUAUAGCAGGGAAUAUCGUUUGAGGAGCAUAUCCAAGAGAGUACAAGUGGACAUUUCUCAAGAGGCUCCCAGUAGUUAAACUACAGUAGACCAGACUUGUGUCAUUCUCCGUAGAAAUUUUCUGAAAUGGAUAUAUCCUCCCAAGUCCUAAUGGUCAAGCCAAAACGUCUCUUCAAUGCUCCAACAAGCCAAUCAACCACACUGCCUGCUCAGUGCUCAAUAUAUGUGUUUAGUACUAUUAAAGAUCGUUUGGUGGAUCAUGAUUCGCUUGAUUAUUUUUUCGCUAAAUAUUUAUAUAUUUAACUUCGUGUUAAGAAAUUGUUCAAGUUAGAAAUAA